UUUGGCUUAACAGCCUUGGGUUUGCCACGCCGCGACCAACGUUGGCCGGUGACAAUCAGACGAUUUAGGUCGUCAUGAUGCUGCUCUCCAGGGCUUUGCGUGCGGGCCACCUCUCCCACUACUCGGCGAAGGGGAACUGGUCGCACUUCUCAAUGCGCCAGCGUUAUCCACAGAUGCUCAAGGCGCAAACCGAUCCCACCAUUAACGACUUCUUCUUUGAGCUCUUCCUCCGCAAGUGGUUUGCCGAUGGGCCUUCGUACAACUAUGCGUUCGUCAGCAUUGCCGCCUUUGGAGCCUGCAUUGGUAUCCUGGGCCGUGGGGUCUUCUUCAACCCAGACGUCAUGUUCCGCAAGCAGGAGGUCAGGAAGCCUCUGCCAGAUCGACACAGGCAGUAUACAUUCUCUUUGCCCUUCUUCAACCACCGCCUCCGCAAUUGGGUCUGCGGCUACAAGGCCUGCUUGAUUGACAAUGAGCCCGACUGGGCUGACAAGCAUCCUUUGGGAUACAGGCCCAACCGCAAGCAGAACCACAGGCGCCCAUACAUGUGGAUCUUCAGCAUUCCCCGCUACACCGUCCAGGAUCCUCUCUACACAUCUGUGACCCACGACAACAUGAACUCCAUCUAUGAGGACUGUGGCUAUAUGAAGGCGCCCAAUUAUGAGGACUAAGAGGCUUUCUCCAAAGCAUCUCCAAACAUCUCCCGUGUUUCUGCCAGACAGCUGCGGAGGCUGAGAGCCGACCGAGAAGGUGACGGGGGGUCCUCCGAGUUGGAACGUGUG